CCAUGGAAUCUUUUCCAUGCGAUGGCGACCAACAAUUCGAAUCCGCGACACCAACCGUGCUAUAUUUUGCAUGACCACGGAAUUCCUUGCGUAGUUUGGUUCGAGGAUGCUGUCGCCUACUAUGGCGUCCCAACAAUUGUGUUCGACUUAUACGUCCUUGUAUCAGACAUUGACAGCCGCACAGGUGCUUAUCUAAAAUGGAUGGACUUUUGUUCUACAAGAGAAGGGCAAAAUUGGAAAUGCAAACGUAGAUUACGCACAGCGUCGUCUGAGACCACCACCUCAAGAUAGUCACGAAGCAGAACUAUCUAACCCUCACCCGCACACCUCUAUGCCUCCACCACCAGGAUAUGGCCUAGACAAUUCAAUAACCCCGUCAGUACUGUCUUUCCUCUAAUAGCAGGCUUAUUAGACGCUUUAAUCAACAACCUAUUAGACUGCCCCUCUAAUAAUGAUAUACUUUAAACCUAUAUCGCCCUUCAAAUCGCCUAUCUUUAUAGCUGGGCGCCUGUACUGCAAGAACGGGCGUUCGCAGAACGCUUAAUGUAUAAGCACCGUCAGUAUCAUUUCGAUGUCCUGUCUAGAAUGAGCCAUGGCACUGUAUCGUUUAUCUCUCAUCAACGUAGUGUUCGAGAAGCAUUACGAGAAAGGACACACGAGUUUCAAGAAUGCUCUGCUUGCGACAACAAGGCAUUGUUCAGU